CCCAGAGGGAUACUCUUAUAAAAGGAACCUCAAAGAUGCUCAAUAUCAUAUACAUUCCUUGUUUCUCCGUUCAAAAAUUCUGCUAUGAUCUCAGCUCUAGGAAGAAGGCUUGAGGGGAAGGUGGCAAUGAUCACCGGUGGUGCUAGCGGCAUCGGUGAGGCCACUGCAAGACUCUUCUCUAAGCAUGGAGCACACGUGGUGAUAGCUGAUAUCCAAGACGAUUUGGGUCUUUCUCUUAGCAAGGAGUUGGAAUCCGCUUCCUACAUCCGUUGCGAUGUCACAAACGAAAACGAAGUUGAGAACGCUGUUAACACGGUGGUUUCCAAACACGGCAAACUAGAUACCAUGUUCAACAACGCCGGCAUAACCGGGGCGAACAAAACCAGCAUAUUGGACAACACGAAGUCGGAAUUUGAGGCAGUGAUCAACGUUAACCUAGUUGGUGUUUUUCUUGGAACAAAGCACGCUGCAAGGGUUAUGAUUCCUGCGCGAAGAGGAAGCAUAAUCAACACUGCCAGUGUCUGCGGAAGCAUAGGUGGCGUGGCCUCACACGCGUACACAGGUUCCAAACACGGUGUGGUGGGAUUGACGAAAAACACUGCGGUGGAGCUUGGAGCAUUCGGUGUGAGGGUGAACUGCGUGUCACCGUACGUGGUUGCCACACCCUUGGCUAAGAACUUUUUUAAGCUUGACGACAAGGGGGUUCUCGAUGUGUAUGCAAACCUAAAAGGUGCUGCUCUUGAACCAAACGAUGUGGCCGAGGCUGCUCUGUAUUUAGCCAGUGAUGAAUCCAAGUAUGUCAGUGGUCUCAAUCUUGUGGUUGAUGGAGCCUUCACUGUCCUCAACAGUGGCUUUUGUGUCUUUGGACAAUCAUCAUGAAAAUUUGCUUGUGUGCCUUUCGGUAAUGACUUGUUUUAUUUUGAAUAAUUGAACACUAUCUGUUGUUAGUGUUUUCGUAAGGUUUGCACUUUCUUGCUUUUGCACAUUCAUAUGAUUCAAAUGCUUUUUUUCUGUU